AACAACUUGAUGUUUUUUCACUUGUCUUCCGUCGAAUGUGGUGUUUUAAUGUCUCUUUUAUCCUCUGUCAAAACAGAGGUGGAUCCACCUGAUGGCACGACGUGUUACCGACAUUUUGAGACCACCCUUGUUUAGAGCCUCCGAGCUAGUUACGCCGUACGACCCCGUCUUGCUUUUCUCCUCCUUUCUGCUUCCAGUUUCCUGUCUCCCACACUUUCGCCUUUCCGUCUCUGCCUUUUUGAAAGUAGAACGGCCUUUCCCAGUGGGCAAGCUGGGUCCUUCUGCGGGCAAACAACUUCCGUACCUCCUCUUCGUGAGGCGUAUGUACAGCCUGGCUGAGCAGCGACCUGGAACACCGACAGGGGCGUUUUCCACUUGUUUAAAGCACUUUUUUUGCUUUCGAGGACAGAAGGAAACGUGCUUUCACACUGUACACUCUCUUGUUCUUCCUCCAUUUCCGCCUAUUCCGGUAUUACCCACCAGGUGUUCUUCCCCGUUUCCCUCCGCCGCGUGAUUUUUCCGACUUUCGCCCGCCAGCGUGUUUCCACGCGCUCCAGCCGCUAACCCCCUGCCGCCACACAAUGGCGCCCUGCGAGUCUUCUUCCGCUUCUCUUUCCUCUUCUUCCUCCUCUCCGUCUGCCGGUUUGCCUUCUGACGAAGGGGGGCGCGCACCGAAGCCUGUUUCUGUCGCUCGUUCCUCUGCAUGUGGCGUCUCGAGCUCCUCGCCACCUGCCGUCGCCUUCACUGCGACGGCGUAUUCAAAGAUGGUCAUGCAUGCGGCUAAGCACACGCAAGACGCAGUGAACGGCGUGCUCCUCGGUCGACUGCUUCCUGCGAACGCAGGCGAAAGGGAACGAGACAAAGCGGAUAUUCAACAGCCUCACACCCUUCUGUGCGUCGACGCCGUUCCUCUCUUCCACUCGUUCAUUCUGCCACCGAUGAUGACCUGUGCCUUCGAGCUGGUUGAGGAGCUGUGCGACGAGAGCACUCGUGAGUGUGCGCCCAAGGCAGACGGCGAGGACCGGCGGCGACUCGCAGGAGCGGAAAAGGGGAGAACGCGACGAGAGGGCAAGGCCGAACGAGAACACAGUGAAGGAGCUCUGCAAAUCAUUGGCUACUACCACUGCAACCUCGUGACGCCUGCCGUCGACGCUGUUCCCCAGCCUUCCACUGUGGCUGCGAUGGCGGCGACAGCUGUCCAUGCAAAGUAUCCCCAGGCCAUUCUGUGCAUGCUUCACAUGCGACGCCUGACGGCCGGCAGUCCAAAGACAGAAGCGGUGGAGGCGAGAGGAACAGCGGCGCAUGCAGCCUGUGUGUAUCGCAUGCAGAGCGAGAGGUGGCAGCUCCUCAAAGAGGCCGAGCAAGUGAUGCUGACAGACGCUGCGAACUACGUCGCUCAAAGCGUCAUUCGAGAUGCAACAUACAUGAGUUUGACAGACAUGGACGACCACCUCUACGAUCCGACCCUCAGCCCGUCCAACCUGUCCCUCCUCACAGGAUACGAGGAACUGUUGGAGAAGGACAGAGAAGAGCUGCGGAAUGCGGGCGUCAACAUCAGCGACGAAGAUGUCGGGCUCGCGGGACUUUCUGAGUGAAACUAAAAAAAGCGACUUUUUCUCCUCUCUGAAAUCAACUGUCUCACUGCUUGCACCUGCCUCUGUCUCCUCUCUCGCGAAAAACAGCUCUCGCUUUGGUCUCCAGAAAAAAUUCGCUUUUCUCUUCUUCUUUGCGGCCUUCCAACGCAGGGCAAGCGUCCCCGCAGCUUGCCAGCUUCUUCCUAAUCGGACCGUCUCAUUCAGGUCCCAGUGCGCUUGAAAUGACAACAGGUUUUUCGGCGCUUUCUCAGCUUUCGUUGAUUCAAAUUCGUGAAAAGAACGAGUCUUCACAGUCGAGAGAUACGCCUUCACACGCACACAUUACACGUACACACACAUAUCCACAUAUCCACGUAUGCAUGUACACACAUUUAUUUAUAUAUGUUUCCACAUGCAGAAUGGACAUGCCCAGACACUUCAUCACGCGCAAAAGAACAGAACUACGCAGGAGUAAAAAAUAGAUCGAAGUGCUCGUGGACAGGCAGACGCCGAAACACACGCGCCUAUACACUGAAGGAGCUCGCGUCGGAACGAACAACACAGACAGAACCAACUGUCGGUGACGAAAAAUCAAGCGUCUUGACCCAUCACUGGAACAGCCGCCUAUGCA